AUGAUGGAGGAUUUCAAUAGUGAAACAGAUAGUGACUACACCAGUUACUGGCGAGACUGGUUUGUCUCGUCCCGAGGGAAUGAAUACUUCUGUGAAAUCGACGAGGACUACUUGACAGAUCGAUUUAACCUGACGGGUUUAAACACUGAAGUUCCAUACUAUCAAUAUGCGCUCGACCUUGUGACCGACGUCUUUGAUCUUGACGCUGAUGACGAUCUGAGAGAGCAGAUUGAGAAGUCAGCCCGUCAUUUGUACGGCUUAGUCCACGCUCGCUACAUUGUCACUACUCGUGGUCUAGCAAAAAUGCUUGAGAAAUACAAGAAGUGCGAUUUUGGCAAAUGUCCGCGUGUCAUUUGUGAUGGACAUCCUCUUCUACCCAUGGGCCAGGCCGACCUUCCCAACAUGACAACUGUCAAACUCUACUGCCCUAAGUGCGAGGACAUUUACAACCCCAAAUCUUCCCGCCAUGCUUCAAUCGAUGGUGCUUACUUUGGCACCUCCUUCCACUCUAUCCUCUUCCAAGUCUACCCCGCUUUGAACCCUGAAAAGAGCCUGCGCCGCUAUGAGCCUCGUAUCUACGGCUUCAAGGUGCACGCCGCUGCUGCCCUGGCACGUUGGCAAGAUAACCAACGUGAUGAGCUCCACUACCGCCUUGGUGAAUUUGAUAUGGCCUACAGGUUUAUCGAAGAAAGUGAGAGUGAAGACGAUGUUGAAUUUGACGAAGGGGCUUCCGAAGUACGAACCGAGAAAGUCGCCGGAGAUGCGGCGUCCGGUCGCAUGGAUCUUGGCAAUUAA